GGUAUGCGACACCCGUUUCGCGGCUUGCGGGAAAGGUUUGAAACUUGGGCCCUCGACCAUCGGAAAAGCUACCACACGGAGAUCGAGAAGCAGAAGCGGUUUGAAAUUUGGGCCGAAAAUCAUCGCCGCACAUUAGAAAAAAACGAACGCCAUGGCCCGUGCCGUUUAACUGAACAACCAGUCUUUGGUUCCAAUCGCUUUCAAGACUUGACGGACGAGGAGUUUCAAUCCAGCUACCUCACCGGAUACUCCAGCUCGAAUGCUAGGCGUCUUUCGUUUUCCAAAGAUAGUGGAGUGCUUGACCCAUCAAAAAAUAUGAAACGCCAUCCCGAAGUACACCGACCUGUGGAUUGGCGCGGUAUUGGUGCGGUCACUAGUGUGCAUUCGCAAGGAGACUGUGGUGCCUGCUGGGCCAUUACGGCUGUAGAAACAGUAGAGUCAGCUGUCUUUUUGGCUACUGGAACUCUAUAUGAUUUAUCGGAAGCAGAAGUCACCCUUUGUCAAGAGAAUUGUGACAUGUGCUACGGUGGAUGGCCGCAAGACGCAUUUGACUAUAUCAUGGAUCAUGAUGGCCUGCCGUUGGAAAGUGAUUUGUCGUACAACGGAAGCCUCCUGCUUAAACUAUCACAAGCCAAGCGGUACGGACAGAUUGAAGGCUAUGGUUAUGCCACAUCUCGAUGUGAUGAAGGUGUGGCGGUCAGAAAUCUCGCUACCUAUGGUCCAGCAGUCGUCUGCGUAGAUGCUUCGACUUGGAAAGAUUACAGCGGUGGCAUCAUAACUUCCGAAUCUGGUUGCAGUCAAAAGUUUCUAGACGUAAAUCAUUGCGUUCAAGCUGUCGGCUAUGCCUAUACCUCUUCCGGAGGGGGCAGCGAAAGCGAGAAUGGAAGCCACGAUAGUGGUAGUCAAGACGACUCCGGAUCCCGUCAAGGCUACUGGAUUGUUCGGAAUCAAUGGAGCUCGUACUGGGGUAUGUCGGGCUAUGCAUGGGUUGCCAUGGGAGAAAACACAUGUGGGAUCCUAAACGAUUUCGUUCAAGCUUACGCAUAAAAGCCUAACUUUGAUUAACAUUCGAAAGCAGAUUGC